CGCCCAACCUCGCGUCCCAGGUGGACUACGCCGACCCCCCACUCCGGACUUCUGCACCUCCCAGCCUCGCCGCCAUCUGUUCGGUCUGCCACUGUUUCACCCCGGCUGCAAUUUGGGGUGGGAACCGCUGUUUUCCGAGUUGGGGUUCUCAUGCAGGGACAAUCAACACCUUCCUUCGUGAUGUUUUCUGCUGUUCAACCACCCUCCCGUAGCUUCAGAGCAGAAAGCGUCCACUGUAGUUCUUAUUCACACUGCUACUGUUCCAGGAGAAAGACCCCCUUCCAAACUUUAUAAAAUUUAUUUUUAGAGAGAGGGGAAGGGAAGAAGAGAGAAAAACAUCAAUGCGUGGUUGCCUCUCACGCGCCCCCUACGGGGGACCUGGCCUGUAACCCAGGCAUGUGCACUGACUGGGAAUUGAACCACAAUUCUUUGGUUCACAGGCCCCUGCUCCACCCACUGAACCACACCAGCCAGGGCAGGGCACCUUCCACACUUUUAAUUCCUUGGAUGCUUUUUUAACCUCUGAGGUAUGGGAUGCUGUCUAUGCUUCAAGUAAUACCUGGAGAUUAGGGGGACGUUUUUUUCUAAACUGGGAAUGUGGCAGAAAGUAUGGAAUACAAUGACCCCUCCCUGCCCAUAAACACCCGCUCCUCCCAAUCCUAGUCUGCACAUGACGUCAAGUUCUUACCGUUUCUACCAGGUGAGAGCCCUGCUCCGAGCAUGUGCAACCUGGGACACACGCCCUCUGCAGGGCGCCCAGAGAAGUAGGAAGUCGACAAAGAGGCAGGUUGUGGGACUUGGACACCGAGAUGUGGGGGGAGAGAGAAGCUGAAGGACUGGGCAUUCAGGCCUCCGAAAUGCACCCUUCUGCCUGCCAUCGGUUUAGAGGGAAGAGACUCGGGAAGGUCGCGAGGGUUUUGUCCUCUGUGUUUCCCAGGGGAGUCCCAGGUCAGAAUUCACCUUUCUGGUGAGAAAACCAGAAACACAUUGAGAAGUCCACGGAAAACUGGGUCAGGGGGUGCUCUUGGGAUGGAUAAACACUACCCCCAACUAAAUGAAGCAUUUUAGAAGAACCACGCUGGAAUGACAGGGGAGAAAAACGGAGGGGUUGGCCCCUUGGCUUUAUUCUGGUAAAUGGAAAAUAAUCAUAAGCAUUUCACAGGUUCGCCCGAGUGCCCUGCUCUCGCUUGUCCCUUCAAGGGUUAGAGUCUCCUCCUGGGACUUCCCUGCAGCGGGGGUUUUGCGGGGAAAAUUAGAGCAUUGUGACAGUGCAGCCAGCUCCGGCGGGGAAGUGGCAAAGGCCCUGACUCAAGGACUACUGUGGCUAAUUGCCUGCUUUGGGGGUUAGAGUCCCCAAAUUCACCAUCAUCUUCCCCAUGCCUACAUAAAACCCUUAAAUCCCACUACACAGGCCUGUGUAUAUAGACACAUCAGUGUGUACCCACCACACACGGGGUUCGGCAGAAGGAAGGCCUGCUUGAGUGUGGUUGGUAAAGUAAUAAUAGUGUAAUAACUUAGAGCUUUAACUUGAACAUUUCAUCUAAAAUGCCAUAUGGUGUGCUUGAGUGUGAUGUGAUGUUACAGAAUUACUUGCUUGUGAUUUUGGAGUAAAAGCGUUUGUAAUAGAAGCGGGGGCGUUAUUUGUGCCGGACCUCAUAGCUACACACGCCCUGGAGAGAAUGUUUCCCGGGGCAGGGUUACUUCUUGCAGAUUGGAGUCUUGGGUGACCCUGCGCCCAUCUGUAUCUAGAAGCCCCGUGGUGAGGGCAGAGACAGGGGUGGAUUUGAGGGCAAUUUGCAGAGACAGAGCCGGUCGGCUUCCUCUGUAAGAUUUCCAAAGGACCCACGGAGGGCUCUACAGAUCCCCCACCCUCCACAGACACGCACUCCCUGGCCAGCCCACCACCCCAGACAGCCACCCGCAGUCCCAACUCCACCACGCGCUUCCCCAAGUUUGGGGAACAGCGAGGAGACACCCCUGCCCACUUCGCGGCCCGGCCUUACAGGCGCUCUCCCGCCAGGAGCCAGACCCCUCGGCGCCGCCCGCCCUGCCCCAACGGCCCCAGCAGCAGCGACUUGGCCCCAAACGUUCCCGACCCGCGCGCCGGGCACGGAGGGGGGUGAGCUGGAGAAGGGGGCGAGGCGGCGGCGGCGAGGAUGCGCGCAGGGCUCCUGGGGCUCUCCGCCCUGCUGCUGGCGGCGGAGCAGAGCGCGGGCCUCCGCACCGCCGUCUGCUACUUCGUCGCGAGACAGCUGCUCUGGGCGUGGCUGUCGCGCGUGCUGCUGCCUGGCUUCCUGGUCCAGGGCCUGAGCUACCUGUGGUUCCGAGCAGACGGACAGCAAGGUCACUGGGGGCUGGUCGCGCUGCACCUCCUGCAGCUCCGCGUGUGGAAGCGUCCUCCAGCCCUUGCAGGGCUCAGAGGAAGCCCCCUGCUAUCCUGUCCAUUCCAGUCUCCGAGCCCGCCACCCCCGCACCCCAGCCGCCCCACAGCUGGGGUGAGCAGGACCCCUGCGGCAGUGUCUUCAGUGCGCAGUGAGAGAUCGGGGCCCCCAAUGUGCAGACAUGACCGGCCACUGUCUAGCAUGUUCCCCAGGUCCCAACGACAUGCCAGGAAAAGGGGGCCAUCCUGGUCAAGACUGCACUCGGCUCCGCACCGUCACCCCUCCUCCCUCAGGCACUGGGACCUCACCCCCGCUGUGCUGGGGAAGGAAGGGGCGACCCCCCACCUGGGCCCGCUGGGGCUCCUGGGGGCCGACCUGUCCGCCCUCCGCCUCCUGGAAGCCCUGCUCCAGGCCGGGUCCCAGCUGCUGCUGCAAACCUACGCCUUCCUCACCUCCGACUUCGCAGAUGUCCUGCCAGGGGCGAGUGCCCUCUGCUCCUGGGCCGCACUGUCCUGGGCCCUGGCCUGCUGCGCUGGCUUCGCGGGCUCCGUGAAGCCGCCCCCCCCCCCUUUGCCGCGGGCUGCCCUCGCCUGCCAGCAGCUGUGGAGGAUGGGCGUGGUGGGGGCCCGCGUCCUGAGUCUGGCGCUGUUCUUCAGAGCCCACCACGCCUGGGGACUGGCGGUUGCAGGGGCCCGCUGGCUGGUGAUGACGUUCUGGCUGGUGGCCCAGCAGAGUGACCUCGUGGACAGUGCCUGCCACUGGAGGCUGUUCAACCUGCUCGUGGAGGCCACAUACACCCUCUGCUACCUCGAUGUCCAGCACAGCCCUUCCAGGAACAGGAUGGCCGAGUUCUACACGAUGAGGACGGAAAACUUGGUCCUGCUGCUGUUGGCCACUGACUUCCUCCAGGGGGCGUCGAGGACCAGCCUCUGGGCCUCGGCGGGAGUCUUGGCAGGAUUCCUGAUCCAUAAGAGCCAAAGGGGCCUACUUAUUCUCUCCACCGCUGCGUCCCAAAUGCAUGACAUGCAGCAGAGCUUUGUGGGGCGGUCCUGUGGCGUCGCAGGGGCUGACACCCCAGAGAGAGAAUCUACUCCCCCGGCCACUGCUCUAGCUGGGGAGAGGCCGGAGAGCCCGGGCCAAGGGGAAGGGUAUGAGCUGACAAGCCUGGAGAAGCCCCCCAGCCUGCAGCCGGUGCCCCCAGAGGCUGGGCUGGAAGGCCAGGGGGGGGGAGACUCUUUCUUCUGCUACCACCACUGGCUGCUGCUGAAACUUGCCCUGAGGACAGGAAACCUGUCUAAGAUCAACGCAGCCUUUGUCUGCUCCCCUGCGUGGGGGUUGAGCCAGCGGAACAACCAGCGGGGGAGGACGAGGUCCUCCCUGCAAGAGCCCCCCUCGCCACCCCAGGGCCCCCUGACCUUGGGGAAGGGCUCCAAGCUUCCAGGUGACCUGAAAGCAGGGGCUGACACGUUGGAAACCUCGAGUUACGUCUCUGUGGACAGUGACGAUUAUGACAAAGCUCCUGUCCAGAAGCCUGUUGUGGCGGCAUUAUUUUGUGAAGGGCAUGGUAAAAGGACCUAA